AUGGCGUCUGGUAAUCCUCCAAGUUCGCCAACUGGCACUUUGAACAAGAAGGAGGCCGGCAAGCUUGGCUGGGUUGGGACUUUAACGCGGAGAAAAAAAGGACAAGAAGGUAAUGUACUAUGAGAAGUAGUCGUAUCGAUAAAUACUCUCAUGCGAUCGCCGGAUCGAGUCACUCACGAUCUGUGAUCGUACACAUGCAAUUCUCCUUGCAGGUAAAUUGACCGUUGCUGUCUGUUGUAAACCGUUUCAGUUUUGGUUUAUGAUUGAGUAAUUCGUGCAUAUGGGUUGUAUUUUUAUUUUUUUUUUCUAUUUUUCCAGUAGUUUUUUGGAAAGUUCUUUGUGAUGUUGACUUACCGGUACCUUGUCCUUCGAUCGAUUAGUUGUGUAAAAAUUCCAAAGCGAAUUCCAUUACCCCACACCCUUCCUAUGCCGAUCGAUGUCAUAGUUUGCUUUCACGAAAUAAAAAGUGGUUUUCUCUAUAUCAUUAUAACAAAAAUUGUUUGUACCCUGCAGGUUGGAGAAUUUAAUUGUUGUCACAUUGUGAGGAAAAUCAGCUGGUUGAUGAUUACUUACUUGAAUGCUUAACAGGAUUGGGGGAGGGAGGUGGGAGGCGGGGGAGACAGAGGCAUCCAAACCUCCCACCACCCAUGCCUUGCAUUCGGGGCCUCUGUCAUUUUUUUUCCUUGGUUUUCUCCCUUUUGCACAAAGUAUUUUUUGUCGCCAAAAUCUGAUCAAAGAUUUUGCUUGUCUUAUAUCAGAGGACAAAUGUUCCCAGAACAGCUCUGCUAUAGCAGAAGCUGAAUUGGCUUGUGGCAAGGGAACCGCCAGCUAAUUUGAAGUCAGAAUCUCUAAGGGUAUAGGAUUAUAAAGUUUAUCACUGUGAUGUGAGGUGAUUGCACGUGAUUACAUGUCAGAAAGCCUGUCUGAUACUUUAGCUUUAUCUCCAGAUCUUGACUGCAAUUGUAAAAUAACUUAAACAAACCAUUUGUAACAACGGUUAUUAUUAUCUUGUUUUGUUCUUGCAGUGAAUGAACUAGAGACUGAGGGAAGGCUUGCCAUUGAGUCUCCAACAUCGCCUGUGACAGUAACUCCAGAUUCAUUUCAUUUAGGUUAGAGAUCACCUUUUUCUCUUAAUUAAAGAAAUAUUAGUGCUUAAACUCAUCACCAAUAAAAUAAUGAGUGUUGGCAACCCCCCAAGUUAAAGUGUUUGCUCAGUUGCUAUUUGGCAACCAACUCUUUUGGGUUAGGAAGACUUUUUUACAAAUCAAGUCGCUAGCACCAAAAUUUUAGGUGCCAUGGCAACCAAAAUGGUCACAACUUGGAGGGUUGGUGGGAAAGGUGCCUGGUCAAACGGAAGGAGUUGCAAGUGAGCACAGAAGGUAGCCAUGACAACCCUGUAAGCAGUAACCACCAGGCACCAUCACACUGAGAAUCUUAGUCAAGAGCUUCAGUUGGUUACUCGCUAUAAUUGCCUACACAGGGAGGCAACUCUGCCCAAACGGGUACCCACUGGAAAUUUAAAAAAUAUGUAUGUCCUCAUACAGACCUUCUUAAUUCUUUAUAAUAAGUUUGGCAUUGUUUAUGAUUUUCAGUUGAAAAUGAGGAACGCUCAAUGGUGGAGCCUGCCUCUUUAGAAAAUGGGAAAGUUAAAGAAUUACAAGAGGUGAUUUAAUGUACACUCUAACACAUUCAUAUUUCAUCCUUCCAUAAAAGCCCAUGUGGAACCAGAUUGCUACAUGUGGCUUCAUUAAAUUUAUUUUACUCUGUUUUCUAGUGUUUGUAAUAUGUGCAGGAGAAAGAGAUGUUUUAAUCUUUCAAUCUAUACCUAAAUGGGCCUAAUUCAGUAAACAGACCAGCGAAUAAUCUUAGUGAUAAUGAUAAUGGAAACAAUGACGAUAAUGAUAAUAACAGAGACAGUGAUGGUGAAAAUAUCGUAAAAUUCCAAAAAUAAGCCCCUCCAUCUAUAAGCCCCCCAAACUGAUAAUGCAAAAAACCCUCUGUUAAAUCGCCCCUCCAAAUAUAAGCCCCCCGGUGAGUUGAACUUGGAAAAUGUCCCUCAAAUACUAAGCAGGGCUUCUGAUAUUCUGCGAUGUUGCGAUUUCACAUAAUUGAUAGCCUGCGUAGCAGGCGCUUGGAAGUAGUGGGCACAAGAAAAAACGGGCGCGCGAGAAGGAGACACGCGAGGGGAGAGGAAGCGCCUGCACGGAAGGCCCCCGAAAAUCGUUUCCCGCCCCCUCUCUAAUUACUUGGCAGCCGUUGCGUGAUCUGUCAAAAGUUUUGACAGAAAACGACUGACCUCGCACAAACAAAGCAAGCCGCUAAAAAGCGUUGUACAUUUUAUCUUCGGUCUAAAUAUAUCUGUUAUAAAGAGCAGCUGGGUUAUCUGAUUAUAGAGCGAUGGAGCAGUAAACUGAUGGUUAACACACAGCUUUAAAUCGUUUUUUAACAUGGGCACAAUAAAUAGGAAAUAACAAAGUAAAAACUGGGUAUCUUUUAAAGA